AUGGCGGACGCGAGCUCGGUAUGCGACGAGCCGGAGACGUUCAAUGACGGCGGCGGGAAGGCCCUCGGGCGCUCGGAGCGGGCGACCGUGCAGGACGCGGUAUACGGCGUCCUGUUCACGCUCUCGAAGGAGAAGUACAACACCAGCUGGAAGUUCGCGCUCGCGGACGUGUUUUUGAACUGGGCGCAGCUCAUGCUGCUGCUCCUCCCCCAGGGGAUCUUUCCGUGGGACCUCGGCGGCUUCGGCAAGGUCGCGUUCAACCUCGGCGUCCCGGAGCUCCUGCGCAGCGCCGGCUACGCGGGAUUCAACGUCGUCUUCUACUCCAUGUUCGCCGUCCUUGCCAUCAGCCUUGCACUGUGCGCCUACGUGGCCCAGAACUUCCGCACGAACAAGUUCCCGUACGUCUGGCCGAUCAAGGUCCUGCGCUUCGCCGUGUCCAUCUUCUUCCGCACGUUCUACAUCACCGUGCUCAACGUGUUCGCCAUCGGACCGGACUGCCGCACCGUCGACGGCGCGCUUGCCGCAGACAUAUUUCCGGACAAGAAGUGCAUGGGGUUCCCGCACGGCAUCACCGCGCUCCUGGCCAUCCUCGCCGCCGUCGCGGGGGGGGUCAUCAGCUUCCUGAUGUCCGUCGCGGAGGCCUCCCAGGACCCCCUGACUGAGGAGCUCCUGGGGUCCCCUGACUCAGUGGCCGACGUGCGCUUCUUCUCGGUCAUCACCGUCGUGACCGUCCUCAGCGUCUUCCUCGACCACAACGUCAAGGCGUUCGGGAUCGUCGCGCUCCUCGCCGGGGCGUUCUUCGUCUACCUCAUGUUGCGCAAGGCCCCGUUUUUCAACCCCUGGGUCAACUGCCUGCAAGCGGGGCUCUACGGCACCUUCUUCUGGACCGCGGCCAUCCUCCUCGUCGUCGUCUUCGCGCCCGAGUACAACACCGAGCUCAGCAUGGCGUGGUACAGCGGGCUCAUUCCCGCGGGCGUGCUGUUCGCGGGGCUGAUGCACUGGCGCUGGCGGGCGGCCCAGCGCAUCGCGAAGCGGUUCUUCGACGACCCGGACUACGAGCACUCGUUCGUCGACGAGUACAGCGUGGAGCUCGUGUCCCGCUGCAUGCGCCGUCGCGACCGCUGGGGCAACCUGGAGCCGGGGUGGUUCGAGGCCGGGGGCCGCGUGCUCAAGGCCGGGCUAGCACAGUUCCCGCACUCGACGUACCUGAUGAUCCUGAACGCGAACUACCUGGCGGCGAACAAGAGGACAGCGCCGCUCGCCGCGCAGCAGCUGGCGCAGGUGCGGAAGCGCUGGAGCGAGCUGUCGAUGGGCGACAAGUUCCAGCUGUUCGUGCGCGACCGCGAGAACAAGCAGCGGUCGAAGAGCGGCGGCCAGGACGCGGCGAUGGACCUCGUGUCGUACGUCGAGUUCCAGAACAACUUCACCAAUCUGCUCUCGUCGCACUCCGCCGCGCUCAAGUCCGUCCGGUCCUUCUGGCGGACGCUCCUGCGGCCGGACCUCAAGUUCUCGCACCUCAACACGUCGUUCACGAUGCUCGCCGGCAGAACGACGGCGACCGACAAAAUCUACGAGGGCAUGCUGCAGAGGUACCCGAAGAACGUCAAGCUGCUGCGUUCGUACGGCAAGUUCUGCGAGAGCCUGAAGCACGAUCCGUGGAAGGCGACGCACUACUACAACGAGGCCGACAAGAUCGAGGACAUGCAAGCGGAGGCGGCGCGCGAUGCUAUUUUCGGCGACCCCGAGGGCGGCGACGGCGGCGCCGUGAUGGUCGACGACACCACGGACGCGGUCCUGGUCAUCACCGACACGGGCGUCAUCCUCAUGGCCAACAAGGUCAUGUGUCGUACCUUCGGUUACCAGGUGGGGGAACUGGAGGGCGCGAACGUCAGCAGCCUGAUGCCGCAGCCCUUCUCGGGGCAGCACAACGGCUACCUGCGCAACUACAAGCUCACGGGCAAGUCAAAGGUCAUCGGCAAGGUCCGCGAGGUCAUCGCCUUGCACAAGGACAAGUCGGUGCUUCCCGUCAAGCUAUCCGUCUCCAAGGUGCCGUCCGACGACCCGAACGCGUCGGACGCGUUCAUGGGCGUGAUGCGGCCCGUCGAGGAGGACCUGUCGUGCGGCACCGCCUGGCUCACGACCACGGGAACCUUCCUGGCCACAAACCGGGGCUUUACGGACUGCUUUGGGUACGAUCCCAAGGAGACUGUGAGCCUGCUGCUGUACGAGUUCGCGCCCGCGGACGGCGACUGGGACAUUCACCUCGCGCGGAUCGCGGAGGAGGCGCACGAGAUCACGGACGACGACGAGGAGGGGUUGCAGAAGUAUAAAAAGACGUUCGGGGGGAGUCUGCGGCACAAGUACGCCGCGCUGGACGUGGAGUGCACCGUGACGGUGACGCUCGCCGGCACGCGUGCGCAGCGCAUCCUCGUGACGAAGCUCGUGCCCAGGGUGUCGAAAUCGGGGCUGUUGGUGUUCAACACGUCAGGACACGUGGUGUACGCGAACGCCGUGGCCGAGCAGAUCCUCGAGUACAGGCCGGGGCACCUGAUGGCGCACGACUUCAAGAUCAACAAGCUGCUCGCGGCGCCGCACGCGCAGGUGCACAUGCGUGCGCUCAAGAGCCUGCGCCACAUCACAGCGACGACGGCGCCGUGCUUCUCCGGGCGGCCGACGAUCCUCAUCGGUCGGCACCACAAGCCGCGCGCGGUGACCGUGCGCUGGAAGCCCAUGCGGGACGGCGACGAGACGGUCCUGGUUGCCGUCGUGCACUCGAUGCGGGCGCAGCCGGCGGACGAUUUCUCGCAGGGCGGCGUCGACGAGACGAUCAAUCUCCGCAUGCGCCUGCGCACGAUCGUCACCGAGGACGGCGAGGUCGUGGCCGUGCACGGCGGCACGGGUUACACCUACAAGGUCCCCGGGGGUGUGUUGGGCCUGAACGCCGAGACCAUGGUCGGCCGCUCCGUCGCGAAGUACCUCGACGUCGUCAGCGCCGCUGUGCGGAACGCACAGCUGUACGGCAACGUCGACGAGCAGACUGUCGUCCAGCCUUUCCUCCGGAACCUCGUUACGAAGUCUGGCGAGCUGGGCCUCGCGGCGUGGCGGAUGUCCUUCAAGCCGCACGACGACGACGACGCGGCGCCGAUUCCCGUCAGUCUCGUCGUCACCCCCGUCGACAAGUCGCCCGUCAACGCCAACGCCAUCGUCGCCAACCUCGCGGACCGCCAGCACGCCGACGCGCUGGCGGCCGGCAAGGCCUACGUCCUCGACCUGUGGCGCACCGACCUCCUCGAAGGCCACCUCGAGACAGACAAGGGCUUCUUGAUCCGCCACGCCAACCUCCAUGCCCAACUGAUAACAGGCUUUUCGUCUCCCGCGAUGUUCGGGAAGCCCCUGUCGCUCCUCCUGCCGCAGGGGUCCAGCGGCGCCGCGGGGCAGCUGCGCACGGCGCUCAGCGGCCAGCGCGGCGUCAAGAUCGGGCUCGCGCACGCGGACACUGGGCGAAUCGGCGCGUCGCUGUCAGGGGAUCAGAAAACGUCGAACUCGGGCAAGUAUGUCCUGCUGGUCCGUGCGUUCGGUGAGGACAGCGCGGAGGAGCACGCGGGCGCGGACGGCCUCCGGCGCGUCGAGGCGCUCUUCUCCAAGGACAGCGGUCCCGCGGGCGCCGGCGGAGCGAGGCGCGUCGGCGGCGGCGUGCGCUUCGCGGAGGCGCUCGAGGAGAACCUCUGCGACGACGCGCUCGAGGAUGCGCUCGCGAACUUCGAGAACACCCCUGACGACGACGACGAGCCUGAGUCGGACGAGGAUCCUGAGUCGGUCGACGGCGACGCGGACGCCGCGGAGGCGAAGAGCGACGACGGCGACGCGAGGAGCGAGCAGUACGGCAGCGAGACGCCGUCGCGGGAGAUGAGCGGCGCUGGGAGCGAGGCGGGCGCCAGCGACGUGCACGCGGCCGCCGACUUUUCCCGUGCCAAGCGCUUCCGGCGGCUGGCCCGCAUGCUGCGCGGGGCCAAGGUGCAGGCGAUCGCGGCGAGCCUGCAGUGCCGCGCGCGGCUGCUCCUCGUCGCGCUCUUCCUGGCAUGCUUCGCGUUCAACCUCGUGAACAUUCUGAUGGUCGAACAAUACAAGGAGAGUGUUGUGCUGACGGUGGACACGGGGUCGACCGGCGCCGCGAUCGAGCGCAUCGCGAUCCUCACGCGCGCGAUCCAGUCCGCGCGCGACGGCGAGGGCUGGAGUGUCGCUUCCAAGAUCGAAUUCGAGAUUGACCUUGACCGUUUGAUCGCGGACAUGGAAGACGACCUGCGCAGCGCGUACCUCGCGCCGCGAACGACGGGGCGGCUCUCGGAGGAGUCCCGGCUGCUGUACGAGGUCCCGCAGAUCCCAGCGCAGUGGUUCCGGGACAGCAUUGCGCCUGAGGACUCGGCGGCGUUCUUCGACAACAAGAACGAGACCCGGCUGUACAGCUACCUCGGCCUGGUGCAGAACUACGUCAUGGCUGCGCGCGAGAUGCGGUUCCCGGCGGCGAAGUUCCUCGGCAAGCUGGCGCCCAACUCGCUGCCGUCGCGCGACUCGCGACACUUUGACUUUAUCCAGAAGAACGCGCACGAGGCGAUGCUGCGCGGGUUCCAGGCGCAGCAGGCCGCGCAGGUCGCGGCGCAGGACAAGGACCAAGAGCUGGCCCAGAACCUCUACCUGGCCGCCGCCAUCGUCCUCGGCAUCGGCAUGGUCCCCGCCAUCACGUUCGUCGUCCUCUACAUGUCGAUCAAACUGACGGCAGCGCGCAUCAAGCUCCUGGACGUCUUCCUGAAGGUCCCGCGCCACAUCCUGCUCACGCUCGCCACGCGCGGCGUCGGCCUGGGCGAGGGCGAGCGCGACGAGGACGUCGACUGGCAGCGCUCGGCACUCACCGAGACAGAGAAACGCACCCUCGAGCAAGCCGCCGGGAAGAAGCGCAAGGCGAGGGGCCUGGGCAAGCGCGGCAAGUACGACUUCCUCAAGACGACGCGCAAGCUGCCGAACAGGGACAUCCGCCCGAUGCUCGUCAUCCUGCUCCCCAUGGUGGUGUUGCUUGGGCUGAUCUUGGGUCUCAACAUCGGCUGCAUGGCCCUCAUCCAGGACUCCGGGAGCGCGUCGAACGCGAUGCUCGCGACCGACGAGAUGAGCGACUUCGCGGCGCGGGUCCGGUGGGCCGCGCAGGAGCUCGUGCUGCUAGACCCUGCCGUGCCUGACACCGAGCUAGGCCCCAACGGGCCGCGAUUCAAGGCGCGGGAGUUCCUGAACGCGUCCGCGACGACGCUCGAGCACCGCUGGAACGGCGUGGUCUUCGGCGACGACGCGCUCGACACCGAGGGGCAGGUGAUCCACAAGAAGAAUUUCCAGUCGCUGCUAUUCGGGGAGUCCUGUCUGCGGGCGAACGCGAGCUCGUGUCUCGCGACCGACCACCCGUUCUACGAGGCCGCGAACCAGGGCCUCGACGCCGCCGUCCGGGCGUACGUCGGCGCCGCCCGCCUGCUCGGAAACGACCUCCAGGCGUCGCACCCCGACGUUGGCGAGCGCAUGAAAUCCGUCUACUUCCGGCUGCUGUGGGAGCUCGGGCGCAGCGACCUCGUGGACGGCAUCGACAGCGCCGUGCGCCUGUUCCGGCAGGUCAGCGACGAGGAGAUCAUCGUCGUGCAGAUCGUGACGGCAAUCAGCAUUUUGCUGGUUCUCCUGACGGUGUGCGUGUACACCUGGAUGCUGCGGCCGUUCACGCAGCUGGCCGCGAUGGAGGCCGUGCAUGUCGCGGAGCUGCUGUCGGAGCUGCCGAUGGAGAUGGGCGUCGAAGGCAUGCUGCGCGCGGUCGCCGACAUUCAGGACGUGUCCGACGGGACGCAGAUGCCGCUGUGGCGCCGCGGGCUGAAGGGCCUGCGGCAGCGCGUGAUCCGGUGCGCGCUCGGGACGCCGCUGUACGUCGAGCUCGAGGACCAGAUCCGCGAGGUGCAGGACAGGCUCGCAGAGCAGGAAGACAAGUCUCUUCUCGCUGGGAACCGCUGGGUCGAACAGAGUGCCUUCCCGAGCGGCGGGAAGGCCCGCCUGAAGAAGAAGGUCUGA